AUGGGUGUCAUUCGUCUGCCUCGCCCAACGGGCAUCUAUGUCCCCAAUUCCCCCAGAACCCUGACCAACGAUAUGAUCUCUCCGCCCCUUUCCCCGGAAUUCAGCUUCGACUCUGAGACUAUCAUUCCCUCUAUUCUCCCCGCCAUGGAAUAUGUGUCCUGCAAACUCCAACAACGAAUGAUGCAUGUUACACUUCUCGUGGGCCGCGGCAAGCCCUAUCCGACCGGCCAACCCUCCGACCUAAUGGUGAUCCCCGUCACACAACUCGAGCCCCAAUCAUCGCGACUUCUCGAACGAUCCUUGGCCAAGGCGUCAAGAAAAUUCUCCCUGGGUACUAGCUGGAUCGAUGCCCUCGGCCGCAGCCAGUACGAACGUCAGGCAAACGAGUGUCUGGUUAAGCAAUCCAUCCUCCAGAACGAGGUUGUCUUCAGCCAGGAGGGCCUGACCCUCCUCAAUAUGGACCGGAUUUAUACUUUCAAGCGGCGCAUGUGCAUCCUCUCACACCGACCAUUCUCCCGUUCGGACGACCAAUCCAUGACUUCCUGCAUCCAGCUACUUCACCGCAUCGUCGGUGACUACCAAGGCCGACCAUUCAGCAAGGCUUUCUUCCAUCGUGUCUAUGAGCAACUCGAUAUUCCUGAUGAGCAGCUCACAGCUGUUGCAACUGCUUACAAGAGCAUGUACAAGAAAGAUGCCAUAAUCAUUCCACCAGUUCCUGAGCCUGAGCGUCUUCCUGAGCGCCUUCCCGUGCGUACCAAAGUUGAAGAAGUCCAUUUUGUCAAUGUUGAGCAGCAUCCUAAGAUGAAGGUCGAGCAGCCUCCUAAGGUGAGGGUCGAGCAGUCUUCUAAGAUCAAGGCCGUAAAGACCGACCGUGCUCUUGAGCAUGUGAAGAGUCCUCGCGAGUACGUCAAGAAGUCGCCUGUUGUUCACACUGUUCGUGGUCGGAGACAGCCUCCGCCUUCGAAGAUGAGAUACCAAACGAGACGUGGGCCCAAAACCCCAUUGUCGGCUUCCGAUGUUACUCCCAUUACGAGGAACGAGUGGAACAUUCUUAGCAAGGAUGUGCGACAGCAGCCCAAAGUGACGAAGUGGAUUCCGUCUCCGACUGUGUUCGCUGUCGCCUGA